AUGAAGGCCGAGUGGUGCGAUGCUUGUGGAAGCCUGAUCGCGUUUGCGCAGACGUCCAAGAUGAGCACCGAGAGCAUUAUGCGUUUUUCACACACGUUGGUACGGCUCUUCGGGCUCAUGCAUGCGAUGGCACUCGAGGAGAUGUCUGGAGUCGAUGAUCUAAUCCAGUUUCCUCUCCUGGACAUCGAUGGCCUUGAUAAAAAAGACCUGAUGAUUUUGACAACUGCGGCAGCGCACGGAAGGACGGUCGAAAUCGUUUGCCAGUGGAUCAAGGUGACAAUUAUCAGGGCUACUCAUACAGGUGUAUUGGAUGUCCCAGCGCCCAUCCUGACCCGCGUUUUCCAAGAGUUGGGCACGGGCCUUGUCAAUUAUCACGAGGCUGUUCAGGUUGUGAUCUGGCCUUUCCCUUUCCCAUACGCCCAGAUGGGUGCAGUGUUGAUCGUUGUGUACAUGUUUGUGACCCCCUUUGUCGUCUGCACGUGGUCAGACUCGCCCUACUACUGCUUCACUGCCACGUUCGUGUCCCUUGUCUGCAUGAGAGGCCUUGAGAUGAUCGCGGUUGAGCUGGAGAACCCGUUCGGGACCGACCCCAACGACCUGCCUCUCGCUGCGUUGCACGCCGCCGUGAACCGCGACCUUACGCUUCUCGUCAACCCGCAGGCCUGGCAGGUCCCACAGCUCGUGGACAAGGCCCUGGUUAACUACGACGACCUGAGCCUUUCUCUCAACAGCAGCAGCGAAAUGUCGACGACCCUGCGCGACAUGCACUGGCAGAGCGAGUCGAACGGAGGAGGAGCCAGCGGCUCCAGUGGAUUCAAAGGGCAAACUCGCGACCGAUCUGACUCACUCGCGAGCGGCGAUGCGAAGCCGCCGCCCGCACCGCUGCACAACCCUGCGCGGAUGCAGCGGUCGCGGACCGGGCUCCUGGGCACGGCGGCGGCGAGCAGGAUGGCGAAGCACAGGAAGAUGACCAAUUGGCACAACAACCAGUACGGCCUCGAGGAGUGCGGCGGGUCCGGAGGCCGCACCGCGGGCAUGCUGGGGAUCUGCGUCGACGCCCCGCGCCGGGCGCCCCGGACUGCCACGUCGCCCGCCGUGUUCGACGCGCUCUCUGCGGAGAACCGGCCCGACGCGGUCCGCCCACGCCAGGCGUUGUCGACAAGGCGAAAGCGAUGACUCCGCAUGCGCAGGCGCCCGAGGGCCUGUCGCACCAGGCGCUCCCGGGGGCCCUCUCCGGCGCGGGCGUCGGCGACGGCAGGCAGACCUCGGCGGAGUCCCCCGGGUGAUGUGGACCGCCGCUCCUCCCUUCGGCCUCUUCGCCCCCCUGCUGGAAGGCAUGGCCCCUCGACGGGAGAGCGGAGACAAAUGGCACCCCGUGUUGCGAGGGCCCGCGCCGACCUUGGAGCGUUUGUGCUCAUGCUGUUUUGGUUGCUGUUUUGGUACCUUGGAGCCCCACCACCACCACAAUAAGUAGGAGGGGGAGGGGGGCCCUCCUCUUCCUCCUCCUCCUCCUCCUCCACCUC